CCGCAGCUUCGUGCUGACCGAAGGCCACAAGCGCUACUUCGAGAAGCUGGUCAUCUACUGCGACCAGUACGCCAGCCUCAUCCCCCUCUCUUUCGUGCUCGGCUUCUACGUGAACCUGGUGGUGCACCGCUGGUGGAACCAGUACCUCUGCAUGCCGCUGCCCGACGCGCUCAUGUGCAUCGUGUCCGGCACGGUGCACGGACGCGACGAGCGCGGCCGCCUCUACCGGCGCACGCUCAUGCGCUACGCGGGGCUCUCGGCCGUGCUCAUCCUGCGCUCGGUCAGCACCGCGGUCUUCAAGCGCUUCCCCACCAUCGACCACGUGGUGGAGGCGGGGUUUAUGACCCGGGAGGAGCGCAAGAAGUUUGAGAACUUGAACUCAUCCUACAACAAGUAUUGGGUGCCCUGCGUCUGGUUCUCUAACCUGGCGGCACAGGCCCGGCGGGAGGGCCGCAUCCGGGACAACAGCGCCCUUAAACUGCUGCUGGAGGAGCUGACUGUGUUUCGGGGCAAGUGUUCCAUGCUCUUUCACUACGACUGGAUCAGCAUACCCCUCGUCUACACCCAGGUGGUGACCAUCGCCGUGUACAGUUACUUCCUGGCCUGCGUCAUUGGUCGCCAGUUCCUAGACCCUGCGCAGGGCUACAAAGACCACAACCUUGACCUGUUUGUGCCUGUCUUCACUCUGCUGCAGUUCUUCUUCUAUGCCGGCUGGCUCAAGGUGGCAGAGCAGCUCAUCAACCCCUUUGGAGAGGACGACGACGAUUUUGAGACCAACUUUCUGAUCGACCGCAACUUCCAGGUGUCAAUGCUGGCCGUGGAUGAGAUGUACGAUGACCUGGCCAUGCUGGAGAAGGACCUGUACUGGGACACAGCGGAGGCCCGGGCCCCCUACACCACGGCCACCGCCUUCCUGAGGCUGCAGCCCUCCUUCCAGGGCUCCACCUUCGACAUCACGCUGGCCAAGGAGGACAUGCAGUUUGAGCGGCCCGAAGGCGCGGACUUGCCGCUGGGCGAGGCUCAUGCUUGUCUCACCAGGGAGACAAAAGGCACAGGUCAUGACCUCAAGGCUCUCAAGCAGCUGACCCAGGCAUGA